GUAGAAAAAUAAAUUAGUGCAGAGGAAAAGCAAAGGGCCGCUCUCCUCCGCCGACAGCCCUCAGCCACUGUGUCUUCUUCGCUAAGGGGAUACCAUUUUGGUGGCUGGUACAGAUCACCCAAACUUAAGCUGGUUUUGGGACUCGAAUCCAUGAGACUAGCGGCAUUGAUUUGGUAAAUCUGUUGGUCUUUCGCAUGUUCUUUGAUUAUAAUACUUGUGUUAAUCGUAGUUUUUGAUUAAGUUGGCGUGAGCGCUAAUGACAAAGCCUUUGUUUUCUCAAAUCUGCCGGGAGAGCCUGCAGGCUUUGCAUUGAAUUGUCAUUACUUCAAACAAGGAUAAUUCUGAAAAGUAUAUUAUUAUUCUAAUAAUAUUUAUUCAUAGCCUUUUAGCGUUCUCUUACAAAGUUUGUAUGUCAUUAAUCAAAUUGUGGUUGAUAGUCUGUGAUUGAACUGAAUGUCGGCGUGAAAUCUUCUUCUCCGCACCAUUUUCUGAGGUACCAAUCGAGUUUGGUAGUCUAUUCCUCUGACUGAAAUGGGUGCCUGUGAUCGAAGUAUGCAUUUCGCAGUGCUACCCAACGCAAGCUCGCCGUUCCAAUAUUCAAUUCUUGGAAAAACUACGGCCAAGCCGGUUGAUUUCCAGCUAUCUCAUCUGUUUCCUUCAGAAACAACGGGGAGUUAAUGAGCUAUAUACUAAGAAUUAGCAUUCAGAAGGAGAGGAUGUCCAAGAACUAUGAUAAUUGGGAGAGGCUAGUGUCCGCUGUCUUGCGGAAAGAGCAGCUUUGGCAACUUUUUCAUGCUCAAUCCAGGAGCCCCAGCAUCCUAUCUGAAGCAUCCGGUUUCAGUUCCAGUGCCCAUUCGAGUUGUGUCCUUCAAGAUGUGGCCUUAGGCUUUUCACAAUCUGCAAGUCCAUCCACAUAUCGGCAGCAAAUGGAAAAUGGGGCUGUGAAGUUACUGAUGCAGCUUCCAAAGUUGGUUUUGGUUUCAGGUUUUCCGCUUGCUUUUAAUGUUGGAGACGUAGUCGUGUCUUCUGCUGAGUUUCUUGGUAGUGGAACUUUUGGGAGUACGUAUAUAGUUGCAAUGGAGGGGUAAAAAUUGUGGUGAAGAGAUUGAUGCCCAUUGAUAUUUCAGAGGCGAAUUUCAACCGUCAGAUGGAGAUUGUACGAAAUGUUAGGCACCAGAAUGUGGCUGCAUUUAAGGACUUACUAUUUUUCAGAAGGCGAAAGGCUCAUGCUAUAUGAUUGUUACAUGGACAAACUGGUGAGAAUCCUGUUCAUGUGGACUGGGCAACCAGACUAAAAUUGCUAUUGGUACUGCAAGGGGUAUUGCUAGAAUUCACACACAAAAUGGUGGGAAGCUUGUCCAUGGAAACAUAAAAUCGUCAAAUAUUUUCCUGAAUCCACAACAGUAUGGUUGUGUGUCAGACCUUGGUGUGGCAAAUAUGGCAGCAAGUCCAUUUAGAAGUAUGUCCCAAGCAUCGGACGUCUAUAGCUUUGGAAUUCUUCUAUUUGAACUUCUGACUAGAAAGUCCCCUGUACAUGUCCCUGGUGGUACUGAGGCUGUUGACCUAGUCAAGUUGGUUAGUUCUGUAAAAGCCAAGGAUAUGACUGCAAAGGUAUUUGAUACGGACCUAUUGAAAUAUCCCACCAUAAGGGAACAAAUGAUGGAGGUGCUGCAAAUGGGAAUAAGUUGUGUAGCUAAAUCCCUGAAAAGAAGACCUAAAAUGUCUGAAGUGGUGAAGUUGUUGGAGGAUAUUAGAACCAUCAACAUGGUAACUAGUGUUUUCUCAGGACCAAAACUUGUAUUUGUUGCAGAUGAAAAUCCCACAUUUGACCUUGAGGAUAUGUUAAUGGCUUCUGGUCAGAUUCUAGGGCACGGAACAUUUGGUACUGCUUUCAGAGCGAGAUUUGACAAUGGAGAUACUAUCAUGGUAAGGAGAUUGAGGGAUGUGAUUGCAUCCUGGGAAUUGCAGCAGCAUAUGGAGAUCAUUGGAAGAAUUAGGCACGAACAUGUUGCUAAAUUAAGGGCAUACAUCAUUAAGAAAGAGGAAGCUCUAUUGGUGUAUGAAUAUUACAAUCAGAACAGUAUAUAUGCCUUGCUACAUGCUUAUUAUGCUAUACAGGCUUAUCCUAACACAUUAUACCUCGGCGGUUAGUGAUUACAAUCUAAUUAAUUUUCUCCAUCAUGCAGGGAAAAGAGGCACCACAAAGACACAUUUAGAUUGGGAGACCCGAGUAAGAAUUGCAGUGGGCGCAGCAAGGGGCAUUGCUCACAUCCACCAACAAGAUGGUGGGAAGCUUGUUCAUGGAAAUAUAAAAUCCUCAAACAUUUUCCUCAAUCAACAAAACUACGGUCUCGUCUCUGAUGCUGGAUUGCGACAACUGACAAAUCCUAUCAACCGAAACAUUUCGCGAGGCUACUGUGCCCCAGAAGUCCAAGACACCAAGAAUGCCUCCCAAGCUUCUGAUGUCUACAGCUUUGGAGUUGUGCUACUUGAACUUGUCUCUGGAAGACGAACUCAAGGGACGACAAGUCUUGGUAAGGUUGUCUCAAUAGUUGAUUGGAUCCAAUCUUUGAGCCCCGAAGAUUGGACUGCUAAAGUGAUUGAUCAACGUCUGAGGCAUCACAAUGAGGAGGCAAUGGUACAAGUGUUGCAAAUAGGAAUGGAUUGUGCUGCCGCGGUCCCUCAACGCAGAUAAUGCCUCAAGUGAAAAUGGGUACGGCUCCGGAGCCAUAUUUUGUCCGCAAUCUCGUCGCUUUUCUUGAGUUCGGGUCGCCGUUGGUAUUGCAGCUUGCAUCCAAGACAAUGGGGCAGAAGCUUAGGAGAAGAUGUCUGCUAUCUAUGAUAACUGGGAGAGGCUGGUUGAUGCUGUUCUGCGAAAACAGCAGCUGUGGGAACUUUUUCAUGAUCACUCUAGGAGCCCUAGCAUCCGCUCCGAAGCAUCGGACUUCAGUUCUAGCUUCAAUUCAAGUUCUUCCCUUCACGAUCUGGCCUUGGACUUUUCAAGGCUUGCAAGUUUUCCGAGGUCACGUAAAGCGACCCGAAGGCUGGCUCUUGUUUCAGAUUUUAGUUCUGGUUUUGAUGUUGAAGAUGUAUUCCUGGCUUCAGUCGUCUUACUUGGGAGGGGAACUUUUGGGAGUACUUACACGGUUGCAAUGGAAAAUGGGGUAAAAAUUGUGUUGAAGAGAUUGAAGUCUACGAAUAUUUCAGAACAAGAGUUCAAAAGUCAGAUGGAGGUUGUUGGAAAUGUUAGACAUGAGAAUGUGGCUGCCCUAAGAGCUUAUUAUUCUUCGGAAGACGAAAGGCUCAUGCUGUGUGAUUAUUACAGUGAUGGGAGCGUCCAUGCAUUGUUACAUGGACAAACUGGUCAAAAUAAGUCUCAUAUAGACUGGGAAACCAGACACAGAAUUGCGAUUGGUGCUGCAAGGGGUAUUGCCGCAAUACACGCGCAAAAUGGUGGGAAGCUUGUCCACGGAAACAUAAAAGCAUCAAAUAUUUUUCUUAAUUCUCAAAAGUAUGGCUGUGUAUCAGAUCUUGGCUUGGCGACCAUGGUAGAGACAGUAUUCGUGCCAACUGCAGGGUUCUAUCCUCCAGAAGUCAAGAAUGCUAGAGAUAUCUCCCAAGCAUCGGAUGUCUAUAGCUUUGGGAUUCUGCUACUGGAACUUCUCACUAGAAAAUCCCCCGCACACAUCCCUGGUGGUCCUAAGUCUGUUGACCUAGUGAAGUUGGUUACUUCUGUGAAAAGCAAGGAGAGGGCUGCUAAGGUAUUUGAUGCAGAACUAUUGAGGUAUCCUAUGAUAAGGGAACAAGCGGUCAUAAUGUUGCAAAUAGGAAUAACAUGUGUAGAAAAAUCAAAAAAGAAGAGACCUAAAAUGCUUGAAGUAGUGAGGAUGUUAGAGGAUAUUAAUACAAUGAACCGUGGAAGUACAGUGAAUCCACAAAAUCAUGUUUCCUUAAGAAGAAAACUUGAAUUCUUUGGGGAUGCUAAUCCUAAAUUUGAGCUUGAGGAUUUGUUAAGGGCUUCUGCUGAGGUGCUUGGGAAAGGAACAUUUGGGACAUCUUACAAGGCAAGAUUAGAAAAUGGAAACACAGUCGUGGUGAAGAGAUUGAAGGAUGUAAGUGUAUCAUUUGAGGAUUUUCUGAAGCACAUGAAUGUCAUUGGGAAAAUAAGGCAUGAGAACGUUGGCAAACCAAGGGCAUACUACUAUUCAAGAGAUGAGAAGCUCUUGGUGUAUGAUUGCUAUGAUGAACAGAGCUUAUCUGAUUUGCUACACAAGAAAACAGCUUUGGGUUGGACACCUUUAGAUUGGGAGACCCGUCUGAAAAUUGCAGUGGGCGCAGCAAGGGGUAUUGCUCACAUCCAUGGACAAGAUGGUGAGAAGCUUGUACAUGGAAAUAUAAAAUCCUCAAACAUUUUCCUCGAUGGACAAAGAUAUGGGAUUGUCUCUGAUGUUGGAUUGACAAAACUGAUGAAUCCAAUGGGCUGGUUGGUUAUGCGGUCUCAAGGCUCCUAUGCCCCAGAAGUUAUAGAGACCAGCAAGGUGUCUCAAGCUUCUGAUGUCUACAGCUUUGGAGUUGUGCUGCUUGAACUUGUCACAGGACGGACAUCUUCUCAAACAACCAUGUUAGAUGAUGCCAUCUCACUAGUUAACUGGGUUCGGUGGACCUCUGAAGUGAUUGAUGUAGAACUUCUGAGGUAUCCAGGUGAGGAGGAAGCAAUGGUACAAUUGCUGCAAAUAGGAAUGGACUGUGCUGUCCCUAUCCCGGAGCGCAGACCAAGAAUGGCUCAAGUGGUGAGAAUGUUGGAGGAAAUCAGUGGCAUCGAACCAGCGGAUGAAUCGAGAUUGGAAGAUAGAUGGGAGCAACCAUCCAUUGGGUCAAGAUUGGAAGAUCUAUUGGAGGAUCUGUUGCCCACACUCAUACCAUAAAUAGUGGUAGCACAUCAGGACAUUUCCUCUUUGAGGUUGGAAGUUGUGAAUAAGUAAUUCCAUAGCGCCUUGAUGUUGUGCCUGGAAAAUUAAUGUCUUUUUUAUUCCUUGAUAACAUCUACUUGAUAAUGUUAAAUCCAUGUCGAAUUUGAUUGUGUAUGAUGUUCUAAAUAAAAAUAAAUGAGUCUGUAUCUUUCUUU